AUGCAAGGAGAUGGUUCGGGAUCGUCUAUGAGAAGGCAAAAUUCUGGAAGGAAAUUGUGUUUCUGUCGCUUAGAUGCUGAAAUAAGACAAGCUUGGACAGACAAGAACCCUGGGCGACGAUUUUAUGGCUGUCCGCGAAUUUGUGGCAGGAGAAAAAUGGAUGCAAAUACUUCAAAUGGUUUGAUGUCGAGGAUGGUACAGAAUGGAAAAAAAAUGGCUUUGCUUGAAGCCCGGGAUGAGAUCCGAGAGCAGAGUAGAGUGAUCGAACAGCUAAACGAAACCAUUGCAGAACUGACAAAAAAUUUGGAGAGGAUUCAAGAAGAAGAGGAAAUUGUUAGAGACUUUCAAAAUCUCUAUGUUUAG